UCAAAGUAGCCUUUCCAUAAACCCUAAACCCCGUAAUUUCCUCUUUCCCCCUUCAAUCCCAAAAAGAAAAGAAGACCCGAAUAAGCUAAUCAAUCAUCAUCAACCCAGAUCAAAAUGCAGCACGACGAAGUAAUAUGGCAAGUUAUCAGACACAAUCACUGCAGUUUUAUGGCCAAAAUUGAAACGGGGAAUUUUUGUCGAAACCCGUAUAACGUCACUGGAGUGUGUAAUCGGAGCUCUUGCCCUCUUGCUAAUAGUCGCUACGCCACCAUCCGUGAUCAUGAAGGAGUGUUCUAUCUAUACAUGAAAACUAUAGAAAGGGCCCAUAUGCCAAAUAAACUGUGGGAAAGAGUUAAAUUGCCUAGAAAUUAUGAGAAAGCACUUGAAGUCAUCGACAAACAUUUGAUGUAUUGGCCAAAAUUCCUUGUUCAUAAAACAAAACAACGAUUAACUAAGAUGACCCAGAUGCGAAUACGCAUGAGGAAGCUUGCAUUAAAAACGAGGGAGAAGAUAAUGACCACACCCAGAAAGGAGAAGAAAAGAGAGGCUCGGAGAGAAGAAAAGGCUGAAAAGGCCGCAGUUUUGGAUAAGAGUAUUGAAAAGGAAUUGCUUGAACGCCUCAAGCGCGGAGUGUAUGGUGACAUAUAUAAUUAUCCUGUCAAAGAGUACAAUAAAGUUCUUGACAUGGAAAGGCAGCAGGCUGCUAGUGAAGAUGAAGAUGAGGAAGGUGAGAUAGAGUAUGUCGAAGGGUACGAAGAACUUGAAGAGGAAGAAGAUAUGGAAGACUUAGGUGACCUGGCAAUAGGUGCAGAUGAUGACACUGUUGGAAUCAGCGAUGAUGAUGAAGAACACGUUACAGCUACUGACCACCAGAGGAGGAGAAAAGAAUAUGGCAUUUCUGAAAGGAAGCUUGAGAAAGAUGAAUCUGGAGCCAAGCAAAAGAAGAAAGCAAAAGUUCUUAUUGAGGUUGAACAUGAAGAUACAAGCGAGAGACAAACAAUGGUUCAAUAGAAAUGUGUGUUUUCUCUGCUCGUAUACAGACGCAUGAACCGGAAGAGCGAUCAAUUUUGCUUUGUUUUUCACAUCAAUGAGUUAAGCCGUAGGCUAGGCUGUUUGGAACAUGUUCUGGUAAGUUUUGAUCUUGUUUCAGAUGGAGGAUAUUUGGUCUUAUUCGACCUCUUGUACCAGCUCAUAAACUAGUUCAUCAAUUCCUUGUUCAACUCGGUACUAAAGCUUGAGAUGUAAUUGACGCAUAUGAAGUUCUAAAGAGCAAAAAAAAAAA